AUGAGUGACCCUACCAACCCGAGCAUCCAGCAGCGAACCACGCCGCAAUGGGGUCUCUAUCAGCGAGAGAACUUUUGGAGAGUCAACGACGGCCAGACAGUGCCGUUUAACACCGACCCCAAAAAGCUUGAAGAACUGGCCCACGAGAAGCUCAGUCAAGGCGGUUGGUUCUACGCAUCCUCGAAUGCCGGCAUGUCGCAGACGCACCAGGCGAAUCGGCAGGCGUUCUACCGGCACCGGCUGGUCCCGCGGCAGCUGGUCGACACCAACCGGCGCGACACGACGACGGAGAUCUUCGGCCACCGCGUGUCGGCGCCCAUCGGCUUCGCGCCCAUCGGCAUCAACCAGAUCUACCACCCGGCCGCCGAGGCCGCCGUAGCGCGCGUCGCCGGCGAGCUGAACCUGCCCUACUGCCUGUCCACGGCCGGGUCGACGCCCAUCGAGACGGUGGGCGCCGCCAACGGCCCCGGCAACCCGCGCUUCUACCAGUUGUACAUGCCGCACGACGACGAGCUGACGCUGUCGCUGCUGACGCGCGCCCGGGAUGCCGGCUUCGACGCGCUGCUGCUGACCACCGACACCUGGCAAUUAGGGUGGCGCCACGACGACGUCGCCCACUCCAAUUACGCCUUCUACCGCGGCCGCGGGGCCGACCUGGGCCUGUCGGACCCGGUGUUCCGGCGGCGAUGUCAGGACGACGGCAUCGAUCCGGACCGCGACGUGGUGGCCGCGUCGACCAAGUGGAUCGAUUCCAUCUGGCACGGGCGCGCGUGGUCGUGGGAGAAGAUCCCCUGGCUGCAGGAGCAGUGGCGGCGCAUCUCGGGCGGGCGACCGUUCGCCAUCAAGGGCAUCCAGAGCGUGGCGGACGCGCGCAAGUGCGUGGAGUACGGCGUCGACGGCAUCGUGGUGAGCAACCACGCGGGCCGACAGGUGGACGGCGCGGUGGCCAGUCUGGACGCCCUGGAGUCCAUCGUCGACGCCGUCGGAGAUCGCAUCUACGUGAUGUUCGACUCCGGGGUACGCGGCGCCAGCGACGUGGCCAAGGCCUUGGCGCUGGGGGCGCGGUUCGUCUUCGUGGGGAGGCUGUGGAUCUGGGGGCUGAGUAUCAUGGGCGAGGAGGGCGUGCGCCAUGUGAUGAAGUCGUUGCUGGCGGAUUUCGAUAUUCUGAUGGGGGUGGCCGGGUUCAAUUCGGUGCAGGAAUUCGAUCGGUCCAUUCUAGAAUCGUAUCCGAAGAUGUAUUCGUUGAUUCCGGAUAAGGUGCUGUAA